GAUCUUCAUCUCAGCUCCAUGGAGGCGCGUCUGCCGAAGCGUUGACGGGGAGAUUGUCCUUCUCACAUAAAUCUGGCAACCCCGAUGUAUCCUCCGAACUUCCUCCCUUCUGUUGUCCUUCACUCGCUCAGAAUUCUCAAUUCCGUUUGCGGCAAUACACGAGUCCGACGGACUCGGGAAUAUUCGCAGAAGCCACUAGAAUUCACCAUCCUCGCAUAUAUAAUCACACUCGGAUAGAGGUUCACUGCAUCGAGUUUAUCAUAUGGCGACAAUGGCCAGCGCUGACCUUGAAAGAACGCCUUCAGGCAGCUCGCAAGAGUCGGACGUCGUUGUUCUAGAAUGGGAGGGAUCCGAUGACCCGGGGGACCCCCUCAACUGGCCUCUUCAUCGAAAAUGGAUUGUCACAGCGAUUCCCUUGUUUACGACGUUCACAACACUCAUGAAUGGAACCAUCAUCACCGUCGCCCAUGAACAAAUUAACGAGGAGUUCGGGAUUAGCGAUGCAAGCUUCCCACACUCGUACUGGCCUGUCACCUCAUGGACUAUCGGCGGUGCAUUCUUCUCCCUCCUUGUUCUCCCCGUCAUGGAGGACUUUGGCAUCCGGCGCUGCUUUCUGGGCACCUACCUAAUCUUUCUCUGCUUCAUUAUUCCGCAGGGGCUGGCCCACAACUUCGCCACUCUGAUCAUCACCCGAUUCUUCUGCGGCGGGUGCGUGAUGAUCCUCGCCAACACCGUCGCCUCGGUUAUCGGCAAUGUCUGGAGAGACGAGCGCGAGCGCAACAUGCCCGUAAGCCUGUAUAUCCUCGCUUACCUCUCUGGAAGCAGCAUCGGUCCCGUGAUCGGCGCCGCGAUCCUCCAAUACCUAUCCUGGCGCUGGAUCUCCUACCUCCAGCUGAUCUGGUUCGGCGCCCUCUUUCCGAUUUAUUACUUCCUUUUCCGAGAGUCCCGGGGCGCCGUGAUCCUCGCCCAACGCGCGCGCCACCUCCGCGCCAAGGGCCAGAACGUGUACGCACGGGAGGAAUUAAACAAACAACCCAGCCACCAAAUGCUCCUGGCCAGCAUCAAGCGGCCUCUGCAGCUGCUGUGUACCGAGUCGGUGAUUUUCGUCUCGACGCUGUGGUCCGCCUUCACCGUUGGGACGCUCUAUCUCUUCACACAGACCGUGGAGCAAGUCUUCAGCGGAUUAUACGGCUGGAACGCUGUGCAGGCCGGCUAUGUCCAGGCCGCGAUCGUGGUUGGCCAAUGUCUCGGCUGGACCACGUGCUUUUACUCCGCAAAACUGUACUUUGACUCCGCGCGUCGCAACACGGAGAUCCCCGGCGCCCCCAUCCCCGAGGCGCGCCUGUACACGGCCGUGGCGGGCGGCAUCCUGGGCAUCGCGGGCGGGAUGUUCACGUAUGCCUGGACCUCGUACCCGAACAUCCCGUGGGUUGCGCCAGCGGUAGGGCUGGCCAUGGUCGGGGCCGGGAGUGUGACGGUCGUGUGCGGUAUUGCGGACUAUGUGGUCGAUGCGUACAGUUACUGGGCGGGGAGUGCGGUCGCCACCGUGGCGCUAGGCGAGAAUGUCUUCUCCGCCUUCCUGCCGCUCGCGGCGCAGAGCAUGUACAAUACUUUGCAUUUUCAGUGGGCGAGUACUUUGCUGGCCUUGAUUUCGCUGGCCUUGGCCUUUGCGCCGGUCUUGGUGCUGAUCUGGGGGAAGGAGAUUCGCGCACGGAGUCCGUUCAUGAGGCAGUCGAUGCUGGAGAAACGGCAGGAGAUCGAAAUGUACAAUACUUUGCCGUGAUUAAUCCUAUCUAGUUGAUAAUCAACCGCAUUACAAAG